ACCCGGGAGGUAGAGGUUGCAGCGAGCCGAGAUCGCGCCAUUGCACGAAGAAGAGCAAGAAGUCAAGAGCAAGGCAUGGUCUUUGGGUCAGACAGAGCCAGGCGGGACUCUUAAGUAGCUGUGGGGCACGGGGAGGUGACUUCUGUCUCCCCCAUCUUGGUAGUGCUCCCAGGAGGGUACUCUGUACCCAGGAGGGCAGGCUGCAGCAACCCUGCUGUCCCCAGAACUCUCUGGGGCUCACUUGGUCAGGCGGUGGCUUAGUCGCCUUUCACAGUGGUCCCAGGGAAUUUCAUUUCCCUGCCAUCCACAUUCUGGCAGUUGCCAGCCUGUCCCCAGAAGGGUCACUGGGCAGUGCUUCCUGGAUUUGUUCUGAGGAAGAGGAGGUUGGCUUGUGUCCUGCCAGCUGUCCCCUCCCCCACCCCUUGCAGUAAUUCCCCAGCCUUCCUCCCUGACCCUCUGCCAGGUUAGCGUCCCUCCUCAUCUAAGGGUGGCCGGGGCCACGUGAGCGCCGGGGAAGCGGGAGUAACUGACACCAGUGAAGGCUGCCAUAAGGCACCUGGGACUUCUCCCAAGCCAGGAGCAAUCGGAGCUGACCAGAGACCCAGGGAGUCGGCAGGGAAGAGGAAGGGAGGGGCCUGGACCCAGACUUGGAGCCUGGGGCUGGACGCCAGCCGACACCAACACCAGACACAGCUCACCCAGCCCCAGUCCACGCCUGCCCUGCCUAAAGAAGGUGCCAUGCGGGCCAGCGAGACGGUGUCGGAGGCCAGCCCCGGCUCCACUGCCAGCCAGACCGGUGUUCCUACUCAGGUGGUUCAGCAGGUGCAGGGCACCCAGCAGCGGCUGCUGGUCCAGACGAGUGUGCAGGCCAAGCCGGGCCACGUGUCGCCCCUCCAGCUGACCAACAUCCAAGUGCCCCAGCAGGCUCUUCCCACGCAGCGUCUGGUGGUGCAGAGCGCAGCCCCAGGCAGCAAAGGUGGCCAGGUCUCCCUGACGGUCCACGGUACCCAGCAGGUACACUCACCCCCAGAGCAGUCGCCGGUGCAGGCCAACAGCUCUUCCAGCAAGACGGCUGGGGCCCCCACGGGCACGGUGCCACAGCAGCUGCAGGUUCACGGCGUCCAGCAGAGUGUCCCCGUCACCCAAGAGGUGCCAGGCCAAGGCGGGCAGCGGCUCGGACCAGGGAGGUCUGUGGUCCAGGCCACUCCACAAGCUCCCAAAGCCGGCCCGGUGCAGCCGCUGACCGUGCAGGGCCUCCAGCCAGUCCACGUGGCUCAAGAGAGCUCAGGCAGUCAGUUUCCCGCUAGGAAGGCAGAGCAGCGAGAUCCCCGGCCCACGCCGCCGCCGGAGCCGCCGCCCCGGCCGCCCGCGUGCAGCGGCGAGGCCCCGCAGCUAGGCAGCCCCGAGCCGCCGCCGCCCCAUUACGAGCCGGGCGCCGAGCAGUGGGUGGAGCUGGUGGGCGUGCUGCCCCCACACCUGCUCCUGCCGCAGCAGAAAGUGGUCUUCGAGCCACUGCCGCGGCUCCCGGCCCGAGCCAGCCCCGACCAGAGGGUCAGGAUCCAGAGAAUCCCCCAGGUGCUAGUGUUCGGCACGGCCGCCACGGCCCUCAAAGUGCAGCAGCUCCAGCAGGUGCCCGUCCCACACGUGUACUCCAGCCAGGUGCAGUAUGUGGAGGGCGGCGAUGCCAGCUAUACGGCCAGUGCCAUCCGUUCCAGCACCUACCCCUACCCCGAGACGCCGCUGUACACGCAGACGGCAAGCACCAGCUACUACGAGGCCGCGGGCACGGCCGCCCAGGUCAGCACCCCUGCCACCUCCCAGGCAGUGGCCAACAGUGGCUCCAUGCCCAUGUACGUCUCCGGCAGCCAGGUCGUCGCCAGCUCCACCAGCACUGGGGCUGGAGCCAGCAACAGCAGCGGAGGUGGUGGCAGUGGUGGUGGCGGCGGCGGCGGGGGAGGCGGUGGCGGGGGUGGCAGUGGCAGCACCGGAGGCGGCGGCAGCGGAGCAGGCACCUACGUGAUCCAAGGUGGCUACAUGCUGGGCAGUGCCAGCCAGUCUUACUCCCACACCACCCGUGCCUCGCCAGCCACGGUCCAGUGGCUCCUGGACAACUAUGAGACGGCUGAGGGCGUGAGUCUGCCACGGAGUACCCUCUACUGCCACUACCUGCUGCACUGCCAGGAGCAGAAGCUGGAGCCCGUCAACGCCGCCUCCUUCGGCAAGCUCAUCCGCUCUGUCUUCAUGGGCCUGCGAACCCGCCGUCUGGGCACCAGGGGCAACUCCAAGUACCACUACUACGGCCUGCGCAUCAAGGCCAGCUCACCCCUGUUGCGACUGAUGGAGGACCAGCAGCACAUGGCCAUGCGGGGCCAGCCCUUCUCGCAGAAGCAGAGGCUCAAGCCCAUCCAGAAGAUGGAAGGCAUGACCAACGGCGUGGCGGUGGGGCAGCAGCCGAGCACGGGGCUGUCGGACAUCAGUGCCCAGGUGCAGCAGUACCAGCAGUUUCUGGAUGCCUCUCGGAGCCUCCCUGACUUCACAGAGCUCGACCUCCAGGGCAAGGUGCUGCCUGAGGGCGUCGGGCCUGGUGACAUCAAAGCCUUCCAGGUCCUGUACCGGGAACACUGUGAGGCCAUUGUCGACGUCAUGGUGAACCUGCAGUUCACCCUGGUGGAGACGCUGUGGAAGACCUUCUGGAGGUACAACCUCAGCCAGCCCAGCGAGGCGCCGCCGCUGGCCGUGCAUGAUGAGGCCGAGAAGCGACUGCCCAAAGCCAUCCUGGUGCUGCUCUCCAAAUUCGAGCCCGUGCUCCAAUGGACCAAGCACUGUGACAACGUGCUGUACCAGGGCCUGGUGGAAAUCCUCAUCCCUGACGUGCUGCGGCCCAUCCCCAGUGCCUUGACCCAAGCGAUCCGGAACUUUGCCAAGAGCCUGGAGAGCUGGCUCACCCACGCCAUGGUCAAUAUCCCCGAGGAGAUGCUGCGGGUGAAGGUGGCCGCGGCCGGCGCCUUCGCGCAGACACUGCGGCGCUACACGUCGCUCAACCACCUGGCGCAGGCGGCGCGCGCUGUGCUGCAGAACACCGCGCAGAUCAACCAGAUGCUGAGCGACCUCAACCGCGUGGACUUCGCCAACGUGCAGGAGCAGGCCUCGUGGGUGUGCCGUUGCGAGGACCGCGUGGUGCAGCGGCUGGAGCAGGACUUCAAGGUGACGUUGCAGCAGCAGAAUUCGCUGGAGCAGUGGGCGGCCUGGCUGGACGGCGUGGUGAGCCAGGUGCUCAAGCCCUACCAGGGCAGCGCCGGCUUCCCCAAGGCCGCCAAGCUCUUCCUUCUCAAGUGGUCCUUCUACAGCUCCAUGGUGAUCCGGGACCUGACCCUGCGCAGCGCCGCCAGCUUCGGCUCCUUCCACCUCAUCCGGCUGCUCUACGACGAAUACAUGUACUACCUGAUCGAGCACCGCGUAGCCCAGGCCAAGGGCGAGACCCCCAUCGCCGUCAUGGGCGAGUUCGCCAAUCUGGCCACCUCCCUGAACCCCCUGGACCCCGACAAAGACGAGGAGGAGGAAGAGGAGGAGGAGAGCGAGGACGAGCUGCCGCAGGACAUCUCACUGGCGGCUGGCGGCGAGUCACCCGCGCUGGGCCCAGAGACCCUGGAGCCGCCGGCCAAGCUGGCGCGGACUGACGCGCGCGGCCUCUUCGUGCAGGCACUACCCUCCAGCUAAGCCCUUGGCCUCCCCGCCCCGCCCGCCCCUGCCACCCCUUCACGCCAGGGUCCCUCACAGCUUCUGUGGCUUCGUGGUCACCGCUCCAGCCUCAGCCAGGGAGGGCAGGGAGGGGGCCUCCGAGACAGGGAAGGCCGGGGCCCUCCUACCCUAUGGGGCCGGCACAAUCAGUGGGCUGGGCGGAGCCGCAGCUGCAAACUCUGACACAAAAGACGUGCCUUAAGGAACCCGCCGCGUGCCCAGGUGCCCUGUGGGGCAUCCAGCUCGGCCCCUUGGCCGCCCCCCUCCCAGGCCGCAGCAUCUUCACCCCAGCCCCGUCCUCCCACCACCCCAGGGGGCAGGCAGGCAGGCCCCCUCCCGUGCGGAACUGUUAACUUAUUCAGCUCGCUGGCUUUGCACAGCCUGUCCUGGGCCCAGCCCUGAGCCCUGUGCCGGCGCAGGUGGGCGUCACCUGGGGACUCCCCACUGUCAGCAGCAGCCCCGGGACCCCCUACCCCCAGCAACCCCACUGCUUCCCCUUCUUGGUAUUAAGUGCAAUUAAAGCCGUGGGUGUCGCAUCUUCUCCGCUGGGCCCUCCCUUGCCCCCAAGCCCGAGAAGGGGGCACUGCCCGGCCCGGCUGUGGGGAGGGCGGCAGGGGGCACGGCCUCCAGCUUCCAAAGAGCAGCGGGCCGCGGGGCCGGGGAGUGCCCACAGACCCCAGCCCCCGCGCCCCCCUCCGCCGCUGGUUUGUAAUGGAACCUUUUUUGUGCCCCUCUCUUCCCGGAGACUCUGCUUCUCCUCCGUGCCGUGCGACCCCCACCCCAUGACUAUUGUGCGAUUCGUGAGCGCCGCCCGAGCGGAGCUGGUAACUUGUUGGGUUUUUUUCCAACCAUCAUGGCCUUAUCUGUUCCAGUUUUCUCAGUGUUUUCAGCCUGUGAGAUAGAUGUUUAUGGCAAGAAAAAGAAAAAAAAAAAAUGGAAAUCUGACCUAUUGUAUAAAAAUCACUAUUUUGUGUGCUCCGCGUGCUACAGCUUUUGGGGCGGCCUGCCCAGUCCCCGUGCCCACGGGGCUCCCUCUCCCGGCGGUGAAAGUGUCCACACGUGUGGUAGUCUAGUGUGCCGAGCUGUUUUCUACCUUUUUGUAGUCUUUCUUAAAACAAUAAAUUCCGCUGUGAUAUUUGCCUA